UCUUCUUUGUGGCAUAUGUGGAAUACUGUGCGCCAAAAAAAAAUCAGGACUUGUUAUGAUCCUCUUUUCAGCUUGUUGUAUCUGUGGACUCAUUGGUGGCAUCCUGAAUUUUCAAUUUCUUCGGGCAGUCACAAAGAAGACCUCAUCAGUGUACCCACUGCACCUCGCUUCCAUGUCUUUGGCAUGUAUUGGCAUUGGAGGAUGUACUCUGUCCUCCUGGCUCACUUGUCGUCUAGCCAGCUAUGAGCAAAGGAGAAUGUUCUCAGAAAGGGAACAUUCCCUGCAUCAUUCUCAUGAAAUGGCUGAGAAAGAAAUGACAGAGAAUAUGCUCAAUGGAGGACCACAGCCAAUAUUUCAUGGAAGAGUACAAUCAAUGUUUUAAAGAACUGAGCAUUUUUCAGGUUGUUCAUGAAGCAGGAGAUGUUGAAGUCCUGGGAGCUGCAGUUAAAACAUUUGUUGCAUUUGCAGUUAUUUCUCCUGAGCAUCCACUAAAAUUAUUCCUUCUCAAUUGUGCCUCACUUACCAUCAGCCUUUUCUAUAGGGUAAAAACUUUCCAGAAACAGUGUAGAUUUUAGUCUCCUCAGGAGUUGUUCUGAAAAAGACUCUUCCAGAAAACUAAAUGGAACAGCUGUGAUGACUACAAUACACAAACAGCAGUUGACUAGCAUGAGCUUUAGUAUUGUAAUUGCCUAUUUUAUGAAUACUUCAAAAGUAAACACAUCAAGAACUAACAAUAACAUAUUGAAGUUUUUGUUUUGAAAGACUACUGACUUCAAGUAUAUUACAAAUCAAAGCCUCAGCAAUGCCUUUUUGUAACAUUGUAAUUAAUGUCAGUUUGUGAAUUAGCUAAGUUUCAUAGUUUAUUUAUAAAUUAUAAAAAGUACAGCAUAAAAGGUGAAAUUUUAGUGAAAGAAUAUUAAUCUGUAUGAUAUUAUUUCACUUUUGCACAAGUUAAAAUGUUGUGUAAGAUAAGUAUCUUUUCACCAUAUUGUGCAUAUUAAUCUGCAUGUUCAUGAUAAAAUUUAAAAACAAAGUAUGUGUUAAACAUAGAUAUAAGUAUACUGUAAAUAGAGAAAAUACAUACAGCAUAUAUUUAUAGCUACAUAAAUAAAAAUAGGAAAUAGUAAAUAAAUUGUGUGGGCAUGAGUAUAUUCUACGAGUUAUAGGAAGAACAUUGAUCAAAGAUUUACAAGACUAUAAGGUCACAGACUUAGUUUCUCCUCUUUCUGUCCAUUUUCUUCUUUUUGUUAAAUAUAUUGUAUGUAGAUAGAAUUGUGGCUUACAUUUAUAGAGCUGAGUGAAUUGAAUAUCAAAUCAUAAAUUACAUAGUUAUUGGGCAUAUUACUGUGAUCAUGGUGUUUAUGUAAAAGUAAUUUUUAAUAUUUAUUUAUAAAUAUAACUUUAAUAUUAUAUGUUUAUAUUUAUAAACAAAAGUUUUUAUUUAGGAUUAUUCUUGAUAUGUUAAUUUCAAAUAAUAUUCAUCUAAAUUUAAUUAUACAGAAGGAAAGAUAAUUUACUACCCUACAUAAAGUUACUACUAGAUUUUUUGUAUUUUAUUUAAGUGUCUUGUGUCCUUUGAUGAUUAAUAUAAACUUAUACAGACUGGUCAUAUUUGAGCAAGUGUAUAUUGAAAGCAUCUGAUGGUAUUCUCAGUAUAAGAAAAUUGAAAGAUAAACUGACAUUCAUAUAGCUAGAUUCAAUUCAUCUCUUCCACAGUGGAAAAAUAAAAUAACAACUAACAAUAUAUAUAAAUGAGUAAAUAGCAUGGACUUUGAAAUGUUUUUGAAAACUAAUUUCUGACAACCUACAAAGUAAUAGUUUUAAAUAAGUAACACUUCACUAUAUAUUUUUAUUACUUGCCAAAACUAAACAAAUUUCAACUCAUUUUUAUGAGUUAUUCAAUUACAGGAAAAUGCAUACCUUUAUUGCUCAGUAUAAGAAAAGAUUAUAAUCACAAAGAAGACAGGAGUUUUUUUUAUUUUGUUAACAAAACAGCAAUAAUUUGGUCUAUGAGACUUUGACAAGGCUGCUGAAAUUUACUCCUCAGAAAAUUAUGACUGAACAGAAAUAGCUGUCCUCUACUUGUGUUUUGGUAUAGUUUUGGCUCUUCCCACAAUUGUUUGGAUACUUUAUCUUCUGGUAUAUUACAGAUUGUGUCCAGAGAUUCAAUCUCAAAUAGUGAAUAAGAAUUAUAAACUGUUCAUUUCAUGUCACAUAUAGGCCUAUUUCUCACUGACUAUAUAAACUUUAAAAUGUAGAAAUCUCAUGUAUUUUAACAAAUUGAGGCAGGAGAUAGCUUCAUCUUUAAAUGAGAAACCACUGGCUCUAAUUUUGGUAUCAUUUCUCUGUAGACAUUUUAAAAAAUACAAAAUCAAAAUACAUCAACACAUUUAAUGCCAAUUGAAUUUAUUUUUUAAAGCACUUACUAAAAGAAAAAGUAUUAUAUCACU